AUGGAGUGUGGUGGAGAGAAAAUGGUUCUCAAGCCUAUACGAACAUCAAAGAAAUUAGAUGAUGAAGAAGAAGCAAUAUUAUUGAGUCCAGGUUCUCGAAUGUUCCAUGAACCUAACUACAAUAUUCACAUUAUAGCAAUCAUGGGUUGGAAAAUACCACUAGAUAUUAACUCUCUCAAAGCCCAAAUACCAAGCAAGUUGCUUAAACACCCACGCUUCUCCAGUUUGCAGGUCAUGGAUGAGAGUGGAGAAAUGAGAUGGGUUCCGACGACAGUGAAUAUAGAUGAUCAUGUCAUAGUACCCCAGCUGGAUAUUAUUAAUAAUAGUAAUAUGGACACAGACAAGUUGGUCGAACAGUAUUUAUCAAACCUAAGCACGACAACUAUUGACAUAUCGAAACCUCUAUGGGAUAUUCACAUACUUAACGUGAAAACAUCCCAUGCUGAGGCAACUUCUAUUUUCCGUUUUCACCAUUCUCUUGGAGAUGGAAUUGCCCUUAUGUCCCUCUUACUCUCUUGUUUUCGAAAAACAUCGGAUCCUACUUCUUUGCCUACACUUCCAGUUUCUUCGAAGAACAAAUCGAAUAGUAAAAAUAUUAGGUCGUUGAUAUGGCAGUACAUUGUGAAGUUGUGGCUGUUCAUCAGGCUUUUGUUCAAUACAGUUGUUGAUGUUUUGCUUUUUAUAGCGACUGCUCUAUUCUUGAAGGAUUCUCAAUCACCUUUUACAGUUGCAAAAGGAUUUAACAAAAACCACUCUACUGGCCAGAGAUUUAUCUAUCGGACUGUUAGCUUGGAUGAUAUUAAAUUUAUAAAAAAUGCGACAAACGCUGUAAAUGUUGAAGGCAAGAUGAAAGAACAAAUGAGAUGCAGAGCCACUGUUCUAGUGAAUCUGAGACCAGCUUUGGGAGUUCAAGCCGUAGCAGAAAUGAUUGAGAAGAAUGCGAUACUUUUCCUCAACUUGUUUGGCUUUAAGGGUGCAACAAAACUUGCUAAAAGAGUUCCAUCUCAAACAACACUAGCUUUUUCAAACGUAGCUGGUCCACUUGAAGAAGUUUCUUUCUCAGGCCAUCCAUUGGCAUUCCUUGCCCCUACAUGCUAUGGCCAGCCCACUGGGCUAAUGGUUCAUGCGUGUAGCUAUGCGAAGAAGUUAACAUUUGCUAUAACAGUUGAUGAAGGAAUGAUUUCAGAUCCUAACCAGCUUGGUGAUGAUUUUGUCAAUUCAUUUAUAAGCAUCAACGAGGCUGCUCUUUCAAAAUUCAGAACCAAAGUUGAUUAGCUCA